AUGUCUGCACUCCUCGAAAACUUAGUGGUGAUAUUGUCGGUCGUACCAUCAUUCAUCCUUCGCGGAAUUACAAAAAAUGGUGAAGUCUCAGCUCUAGGAGAGGUUUGCAUCUGGCUCGAGGACGCUAUCUCUAACUUCCAUCAAAAUAGGAGUCCUCAAGUGACCCUUCUUUUCAGCCGAAAAUGCGAUUCGUGCAGCACCGGUAAGAGAUUUUCGGAGAGGAAUUUGUACUCCGUCGCCACAUCCUCUCCUUUUACAGUUUUGCCAACUUAAGGUGGGCGGAUUACUCAUCCCUCUCGAGGGUCCUUCCAUUUGUGUUUAGUCAGGACUGGAACUCAAAUACAUACGUGCGACACUUGGUUCUACCGCCAUCAAUUCUUUUCCACCAGAACGACUAUCUCUGCCUGCUACGAUCAUGGUGGCACAACGCAAACGAAAAUGUCCGUCAUUUUGCUCAACGAGAUGAAAUUUCACAAGUAAACGUUACUGAAGCAUGUUCAGCAGUAUGUUAA